UUGCGCGCCGGAAGCGGAAGUGAGGGGUGGUCGGACUCUGGCCGUAGUAGCUCUGUUGCCUUGGAGAGCUGAAGUGGGCUGGACUCUUUCGCAAGACGGGAAGCUACACGGCCUCCGAGUUCCCGCGCGCCUGGCGUUUUAAGAAGCUUCGGAAAGGAGCACAUCAAUCAAAGCUUUUCAUAGACAAGCACUGAUGUGCUGUGAGAGAGGAUGAAAAACGCAGUGGUUUUCGCAGUAUCUUCGUCUCUUAGUUCUCUGGGUUCAUCCCCCAAGGCAGCAAAACUCCAUUCUGGUUAGUCAUUUCCAAGAUCUAAUCAACCUAAAUAUUAAAUAGAACAGCUGCCUCAAAUUCCUAGGAAUUUCAGAAUGACUGACAAUUCUGAAGCUGUUCCAAAUUUUGAAGAGAUGUUUGCCAGUAGAUUCACAGAAGAUGACAAAGAGUACCAGGAAUACCUGAAACGCCCUCCUGAGUCCCCUCCAAUUGUUGAGGAAUGGAAUAGCAGAGCUGGUGGGAACCAAAGAAAUAGAGGCAAUCGGUUGCAAGAUAACAGACAGUUUAGAGGUAGGGAUAGCAGACGGGGGUGGCCAAGUGACAGUCGAUCCAAUCAGUGGCCUGGACGAUCCUGGGGUAACAGUUACCCGCAGCACAGACAAGAACCUUACUACCCCCAUCAAUAUGGAAACUAUGGUCACAACCAGCGGCCUCCCUAUGGCUACUACUGAUAGAAAUGUCAGCAGCUUUUAGGAAAACCAUUUACUCUGUUAACAUGACAAAAGUUGAUGUUGUAUCUUCUGUUGGUCAUAGUUUUACAUUGAUUUUAGAGAAUGGAUUAUUAAUUUUGGGGAACUUGAGGCUUUUUUUUUUUUUUUUUUUUU